GUUGGCAUCUUUUUUUUGCUUACUAAAUUCCAAGCAAAAUAGAGAAAGAAUUGAUAUGCGUGCAAGUUUCUGUCCAAAUUCUUGUCUUUUUUGGAGGUGUGGUGUUGUUUUAUCGACACUCCACUUUACACUUCACAAGUCACAACACUUAUAACAAAAGUGAUCACAGAGGCCAGAGUUGAGAGUUUGACACCGUCAUCAAUGGCAGAACCGGAGGUGAUUCACUCAUGGUCUGCACCAAGAUCUCUCAGCACCAGCCUCAUGUACUCCUUUGCUCAGAGACUUGACACUGAAGUUGUCGACGAGCCGUUGUAUGCAUCAUUUCUUAAAGCUACAGGUUUUGAUAGGCCAUACAGAGACGAAGUUCUCUCCAAGAUGGAGUGCAAUGGAGAGAAAGUUGUGAAAGAUGUCAUAUAUGGAUCAGGAUCUAAGAAGUACCGGUAUUGUAAGCAUAUCUCGAAGCAGCGGCUUUUCGGUUUGCCAAGUGAACUGAUGAGUAGAGGAAAGCAUUUCAUAUUAAUACGAAAUCCUCUUAACAUAUUGCCUUCCUUUGAGAAGGUACACCCUCCAUCAUUUCUCGAAUUAGGCUUGGGGGAAUUAGUGUCGAUAUACAGUGAUCUCUGUCAGAUGGGAACACCACCAGCAGUCAUCGAUGCGGAUGAGCUUCAGCGAGAUCCCGAGACUACACUUCGCGGUCUUUGUGAUGAUUUGGAGAUUCCAUUUCAAGCCUCUAUGCUUAAAUGGAAGGCUGGUCCUAUACCAGAAGAUGGAGUAUGGGCACCAUGGUGGUACAAGAGUGUUCACGAAUCAACGGGUUUCUCAUCUCCAAAGAAGUAUCCUCGGACAUUCCCUUUGUCGCAUUACGAUUUGCUGGAGCGAAGUCUACCGCUUUACAACAUUCUCAGGAGCCACGUGAAGCACAGUUCCUCCCUCUUGAGUAGUCCCUUGCCUCCUCCUAGUCUCCCAGUUCCUGAAAAUGCAAAACUUCUUGCAUGGGUCGGUGACGAGAUUUUGCCUCGUGAAAUGGCAAAGGUUUCUGUUUUUGACUCGGUUGUUCAAGGCGGUGACUCUGUAUGGGAAGGACUUCGGAUUUACAAGGGAAAGAUAUUCAAGCUUGAGGAACAUCUAGAUCGGUUGUUUGAUUCAGCAAAGGCUCUGGCUUUCGAUAAUGUUCCAGCGCGUGAAGAGGUAAAAGAAGCAAUCUUCAGAACUCUUAUAACCAAUGGUAUGUUUGACAAUACACAUAUCAGGUUGUCUCUAACUCGAGGCAAAAAGGUUACUUCUGGAAUGAGCCCUGCAUAUAAUCGAUAUGGGUGCACUCUUAUUGUGCUUGCCGAAUGGAAGCCUCCGGUAUAUGACAAUGAAGGUGGAAUUGUGCUGGUGACUGCAACCACACGCCGCAAUUCGCCUAAUAAUUUGGAUUCCAAGAUUCAUCACAACAACCUUCUCAAUAACAUACUAGCAAAGAUUGAAAGUAACAACACGAAUGCUGCUGACGCCAUUAUGCUUGACAAAGAUGGUUAUGUGUCUGAAACCAAUGCAACCAACAUUUUCAUGGUGAAGAAAGGCUGUGUACUUACUCCUCACGCAGAUUACUGUCUCCCUGGCAUAACCAGAGCAACUGUAAUGGAACUUGUGGUGAAAGAGAACUUCAUCUUAGAAGAAAGAAGAAUCAGUCUCUCCGAAUUCCAUACAGCUAAUGAGGUAUGGACAACAGGAACUAUGGGAGAACUAAGCCCGGUUGUGAAAAUCGAUGGGCGUGUGAUUGGUGACGGCAAAGUUGGACCGGUAACGAGAACACUGCAAAACGCUUACAAGAAACUGACAGAGGAUUCAGGUGUGCCGAUACCUACUUAUCAAGAACCCUGAAAUACAAAACCAGAGGUAAGUUACUGAAAUAUUAAUAUAUCUGAGAGUAGUAUAUAUCAAAAUGUUUGGGUAUGAUUUAAAAAUGGUAGCUUAGCAAAUACAAGAGUAGAUUAAAAAUCAUUUAACUUUCACAUGAUUCAAGUGGUCUUUAUACCGUUUAUUUAGGAUUUGGACACGAGGGAACUUAAUAAUAAAAAGCAUUCUACUCUCACAUGAUUCAAUUGGUUUCAAGGAAAAAACAUGAAGCGUUUACGUCAUCUUUAAUAGAGCCAGUUCCUUUCACAUAAGUGUAGAAGCUCUCUUUCUUUUUCAGGUGAUACCAAUGUUGUAGGCUUUGUAGCCUUCUUGUAGUCGUUUCUUCUUAUCUUGGCACAAAACGGCGAGGAGUUUUAUGCAUGGUGAUGGAAAACUGUGUGUAGUUAAGCUUGUCGAGUAGACUUAAAUCAAAGUCAGCAUUUGCUUAUUGGACCAGACGUUAGAAGUAAGACCAUAAAUAAAGCCACCACUCGAGCUUUGAUUCUUUUCCUUUUCUCAAAAGUUCAGUUUGUUAGUAUUAUUUUUGUUUUUUUAAAUAGAGAGAUCAAUUAUCUAAUUGCAAUUUGCAACCUUAACAUGAAUAUUAGAAAGACGAAAAAGAAAAAGUAGAGGUCGAGGGAAGUGAACAAGAAAAAGAAGACCAUUAAGGAACGUUGUUGAAUUUUUAAUGGAUUUUUAACUAGCUUUCAUCAUUCACGUGAAAGAUUCAAGAGAUUAAAAAAUGAAGGC